AUGGCCAACUCCACCAGCCUUUGCGAGUCGACGCACAUCACCUGCGACCUGGCCGGGCACAUCAUAGAGCUCAACCUUGCCUACACAAGUCUGAACGGCACACUUGACAAGUUAGACUUCUCAGCCUUUCCCCACUUGAUGAGUCUCACCCUGAUCCGGAAUGGUCUAUUCGGUACGAUUCCAGCAGGGAUUAGCAACCUGACGAGCUUGGUCACGCUGAGGAUCAUGCAGAACCCGUACUUAAGGGGGCGCAUUCCACACAGCAUUGGACAGCUGAAGCAACUUUCUGUACUGCAACUGGAAGAAUUGGGGCUCCAUAGUACACUACCUGAAGAGAUUGGCAACUUGAUGAGCUUGAUAAUGCUCAAUAUCAAUUUGGUUACUUUGCCAGGAUCGAUCCCACCAACAAUUGGGAUGCUCAUAAAGCUCCGCGAGCUGAGUCUGAUAGGCAAUAAUUUGACAGGGAGCAUCCCAAUGGAGAUAGGAAACAUGACAGGACUGCAGAAGAUAGACCUUCAUGAGAACUAUUUGGGAGGGCAGCUGCCAGGUACCACCUCUCAUCUGGUCAAACUCCAGUAUUUGCAUCUGUCAGAAAAUCAGUUGGUAGGUCACAUCUUCCCCGGGCUUGGGAAUAGCAGCCUCUUAGAUAUAGUCGAUAUUGCAAACAACAACUUCUCUGGGUUCUUCCCAUCAUCCAUUGGCGUAGGAGGAGCGCUGCGUGUGGCCAGUGCUAGAUACAAUGGAUUUACGGGUAUUCACCAUCAGACAUUUCAAAACUGCACAACCCUACAAGAAGUUGACUUCACGGCAAACAACAUUGUCGCAGAGCUGAGUGACUGUUUUAGUGAGCAUCCAGGACAGCUUACCACCAUGGCUUUCAGUCAAAACCAGCUGCAUGGCACGCUUCUCACAGAUCGGGGUGAGGAUUUCCUUUGUAACCGUACUUAUUUAAGCUUCCUAGACCUAUCAAACAAUGCUUUACAUGGAGGUCUCUCCAAGUGUUUCUGGGAUUUGCCAUAUUUGCCAUUCAUGGAUCUGUCCAGCAACUCUUUCAGUGGUGUAGUUCCGUUCUCGAGGACAUGUGGAGAUGUUCUUACAUAUCUACUCCUAGCCAAUAACCAUUUUGGAGGCACCUUUCCACUGGGUCUUAAGACUUGCAAAAAGCUUACUAUUCUAGAUCUUGGAGGCAAUGACUUCUCUGGCACAAUACCUUCUUGGGUAAGCAUAAGUUUGCCCGAACUCAUCUUUCUUAGACUGUCAUCAAACAUGUUUGACGGCAUCAUACCCCAGGAGAUCUUACAAUUUCGCCAGCUCCAGUUAUUGGACUUGUCAAAAAACAAGCUCAUUGGACCUGUUCCAGACGAUUUUAGUAAUUUUACUGGCAUGACAGAAGAACAGAGAAGGUACCCUGACAGCAAAUUUUAUCAAGUGCAAAUUCAUAUAGUUUGGAAGAAUGUGGAUUAUGUUUACCAUCUGAGGAUAGCAGCCAUGGUUGUAUUCCGGAAGACAUUGGCAAUCUGGUACGGCUCCUUGGACCUCUCACUGAACCAGCUCUCAAGCAAUGGUUUGUCAGGGAGGAUACCUACAGUCAAUCAGCUGCAGACACUUGUAGACCCAUCGAUAUACAGCAAUAGUUCUGGGCUAUGUGGAUUCCCGUUGAAGGACUGUGUAAACUCGACACCGAUGCACAACGAAGUGAGCCAGGCUGAAGAUAGAGAGGCGUUGUGGUUGUAUUGCUUUGUGGCUGCUGGAUUCAUCUUCGGGUUCUGGCUGUACUGGGGCAUCUUCUUGUUCCGCAGCGAGGCCUGGAGAUGUGCAUUCUAUCAGCAUGUGGACAACAUGUAA